ACAGCAAGAAGGUGAAAAAAUGGGUUAAAAUGCAUUGAACGGGGUUUGGAGCAUUUUUGUCUCUUUGUGUGGAAAGACGGGGAUAUAAAGAAAAUGAGGGGUUUUGUGGUUUGAGUGUGGAGAGAGUGCUCUAUCAAAAAUCGAUAGAUCGUGUGCGUUGCUACUCAUCCUUCCAAGAAGAUGGUGAGAGGGAAAAUUGUGAUGAAAAGGAUUGAGAAUGCAGCAAACAGACUAGUGACCUUCACCAAGCGUCGAAAUGGGCUGCUUAAGAAGGCUUUUGAGCUAUCCGUUCUCUGUGAUGUCGAUGUUGCAGCUAUAAUCUUCUCACAAAAAGGAAAACUUUAUGAGUUCUCAAGCUCCGACAUGCAGAAGACCAUUGAACGAUAUUAUAUGUGUUCAAGAGAAAUUCCAACUCUCAAGGCUGAAAUGGAGCAACACAUGCAGCACUUGAGGAUUGAAACAGCAAACAUGUUUAAGAAGAUCGAGUGCCUGGAAGUUUUUAAAAGGAAGCUUUUGGGUCAAGGAUUGGGCUCUUGUUCUGUUGAAGAACUCGAAGAGAUUGGUAGCCUGAUAGAACAAAGCUUGAAAAACAUCAGGGCAAGAAAGGCCGAGUUAUAUAAGGAGCAGAUACAUCGACUAAAAGCGAAGGAGAGAAUGUUGUUAGAAGAAAAUGUGAAAUUAUAUGGAAAGUGUGGUGGUGGGAAAUCAGCGCAACAACCAUAAACCCAACAAAGGAAAGUGGGAAACAACUGCACCCAAAAUGGCCAAUGCUUGAAGGUUGUGACGGAAUUGUUUAUCGGAUUGCCACAAAACCAUUAAUGUCAAUAGUUUGAAUUACUUUACUGCUAAAAUAAUUGUGUGACGUCAAAUAAUGCUAUAUAAUUGGUGUAUUUGGUUGGUUAGUCCACUAGUUUUCUCUUCAAUAUUUUCUUGUUAAAUUGUAUAUGAUCUAAAUGUAAUUAUAGUGUAAAAUAUCAUAAAAAAUAUUGUGAAGA